AUGGGCUUAGGUAGAGUAAAAGACUUGCAGCUAUGCAAACCAGUCCCAAUGCUCUUAGAAGCCUUCAAAUUCCUUCUAUAUGGAGUUGCUUUCUUAGCCAAAUCCUCAAUGCUUGUCACCCUUGAAAGUGAUGUGAAAGACUCUGAUUUCCCCUUGUCAUACAAAGCUCGGCUCGAAUUCGCACAGAAAGACGAUGAUGACGAUGAUGCAUCAUCCGCCACAUCUGACGAGGAUAUCGAUGAUCCAUUUGAGACCGUCGAUUCUUGCCCAAUAGAUGAAAUGGAUGAUGAUGGUGAACAAUUUUCAUCAUAA